AUGGUGAGGCACAAGAAGAGCGAUGAGGAAUAUGCAGCGGAUAAAAAGACAAGUGCCAUUGGCGACGUCCAUAGAAAGCUAGUGCAUGUCCGUUCACGUAAGGAUCGCGUCAACGAGGCAUUGGAAGCUCUGCAAUCGUACACUGAAAAAGGUGGAAUACUAUGUCAUAAGAACAAAGUCAAAGCACUUGCUCUUUACCAAACGUUAUUAAAAGCCUGCGAGAGCGAAGGAGAGUACAUCAGAAGGCUUCUCAGCGAGAUCGAAAGGAUACGAAGAUUUGAGUUCAGAAACAAGAUGAAAACCCAUUUGAAACGGCAUGCUCUGAUGCAGCUGAUCAAUUUACAGGGAACAUCGUUACCACUUUUCGUCGGAGGUGUCGACGGUUUCCCUCCUCCAUUCGUUGGUGCAAUAGCUAUUCCUGAAACUACCCCCUUGAAGUCAGGUGAUUCCGUGGCAGCCUAUGUUGACGAGAAUUGGAUUCUUGCAGAGGUCGUUGCAGUUAGUCCCACGGGCCGAUAUGAUGUGAAAGAUGUGGAUGACGAACAAAAGGUUCGGCUCACAAUAGCUCGUCGUCGCCUCAUUCCCCUGCCAAAGUGGAGAGCUGAUCCUGAGAGGGACGCUCAUGCGUUGUUUCCUCUCGAGGCUAUCGUUCUGGCACUGUAUCCACAAACCACUUGCUUCUAUAAAGGAGUCGUGCAAAAGGUACCUCAACUUGCCACCGAUGAUUAUCUUGUUGCUUUCGAAGAUCCUUCAUACAGCAACGGAUACUCGCCUCCGCUGCCUAUACCUCAGCGAUACGUUGUGUCGUAUAAAGAGGUGAAGGGUAAAAAUACCAAAGCAUAA